AUGGCGUCUACAGAAGAAAAAGAGUGCGAGAGCGCAAAGAGUGCAGCUAUGCUUACCGAAUUAUGUGUGGAGCAGUUCAACAGGCGAAAGGCGCUCCUAGAAGAGGGAUCUUCUAGGCGAGAAGCGAUGUCCCUAAUUCUGCGCAAAUUGACAAAAGGAGAUGAUAAUAUCGAGCAAGCUCUGGAAAAUGCGCGGCAGAAGUCUCUUGCUCUGGCAGAAGCACCCCUUCCAACGCCUGUACCGGCAAUUGGCCCACCUCUCACAGAUUUUGGACUACUCAAUCCGGUCUUCGCGGCUCCAUGGGAGUUUGUCUGGGAUUUUGAAGACCACGAUGGAUCUGGAUUCUUUCAAACCCGAAAGAGCGUUGGCGGCAUAAUAGGCUUUAACCUGCAUGCCAACAACGCGUCCGGAUCUUGUGCGGUCGCGGUCGGAAGAAGAUAUCGACUGCCCCACCCUGGCCUGACAUCUAUGAGGCUAUCGGCCACCCUAGGAUUAACCUAUUCCUACGGCAACCAAGCACCCCUUGCCCAUGCGCAUACUCGAGCUUGGAUUGGGUUCUUUGUCGCAGAAUUUACACCAAGUGGUACGGUUGGCGCGGAGGUCAUCAACCAGAAGAUCAACUUGUGGUAUUUGGAUACCGACGACGACUUUAGUUCCCGGCAAGCCUUUCCAUUGUCAAUCUCCUUCCCGGUUGACUACCGCAAUGAGUACGAGAUUUGGGUCCGGGUUGGCGGAGACGUAUAUAGCAGUGGGAUUAUUUCUGCGAUUAGUUAUGCGAAUCUUCAAGUGUACAUAGGGUCGGUUUCUGGACAACUUGGCUAA